CACAGGCAGUUGUGCUCGACCUACAUGUAGCGCUACCAAGGGACCCUGAAAAGGCAACGUUUCCAGACAAGGUUGUAAACGAAGAGGUGAAAUAUUCAGACAUGCCCAGAGGCCUCAGCUGCCUGGCAAGCUCCGAAGGGGCAGGCACCAUGUACGAGACUCCCCCGGCUUCAGAGCUGCACAGGCUGAUGUGGACAAAGAAAGGACCCAGCAACCACCUGGAUGAGGUUCAGCCCAGGAUCUAUAUUGGAGACAUGUACGCAGCCAAAGACAAGAGGACACUCCAAGCUCACCGCAUCACCCACGUGCUUAACGCUGCUGAUGGGAAGUUCAACGUGAACACGGGCCAAAGCUUCUACAGAGACACCAAUAUCACUUACCAUGGAGUGGAGGCUUUUGACAUGUCAUCCUUUAACAUGAGUCCCUUCUUUUACCAAGCUGCCAAUUUCAUCAAGAAUGCUUUGAGCUCACCCACAGGUAAAGUGUUCGUCCACUGCGCGAUGGGUCUCAGCCGCUCGUCCACACUAGUCCUGGCCUACCUCAUGAUCCAUGAGCACAUGACGCUGGUGGACGCGAUCAAAGCCGUCGGUGCCAACAGAAACAUCUCGCCAAAUAACGGCUUCCUGGAGCAGCUCAGAGAGCUGGACAAACAGCUGCACUACCAGGGGUCAUCGAGGAGCUUGUGCGUCAAUGGGCGGACUUGAGAUAAAAAUCUGGCCAUAACAGUGGAUUACCACGUAACCGUCUGUCAGUAUAUAUCAGAAUGUCUGCCAAUAAAACCUUCCUAAAUGUUACACACUGGACCUUUAAGACAAAUUGCUCAUACUAAAAUAUAAGCCUUUAACCCAUUUUAUGUUUACUGUCUGAAACUAAUUUGAUAAUGAAUUCAUCCUAACAACAACUACUGCAUAGACACAACAUCCUCAUCCUCCAGAGACAUAAAAGGAAAAACACAGAAGCUGAACUGGAUGUCUUCUUCUUUAUUUCCUUCAGCAAUGAACACGACCAGUGUAAAAUGCAAAUGGUGUAAAUGGAUGGCUCUUACCCAGGUCAGUAAUUAAUUUACACCCAAUAUAGAGGAGAAGCUCUUAAAAGCGCCCCGAGGAGAUUCUGACCACCGGUGGUGCUGUGGAGAACGGCUGUUAAGAUUCGCCACUUUGCAUAAUAUCACCAUAAAUGUCUACACUUGUAAUUACCUCCAAGUUUGCACCGGAUAUAAACACUAAAGGACUGACUUUAUUCAACCAACAAUCUUGUAUUCAAGACAUUGUUCUCGAAUUGUUGAGUACAUUGUUUCAAUUCUCUUCACGUCCUGUUAGCUAUCAGUUUGUUUGUGUGGGAAAAAAAUUAAAUCUAGUGUCUGUAGUUCAGAAUAGUAUAAUAAAUAUGACCAAUCUGUGCAUUCGUGGUGCAUGUUACUCACCUGUCUACCUGUGCAGGUCAUUGCAAUAAUGUUAAAACUGUAGUGCGUAACAUUUAAAUAUAAACAAAGAUAAAUUGCAUUCAAAGCCAUUCUAGCGCUGCACACAGGAAGUGAUUCAUUUCAGGACAGCUGGAGGCAACAGCAAUAUCGCGUCAAAAAAACAAGACAGCUUUCUAUGCAGCAUGUCCAUGUGGACCCCACAAAGGUUAGAUUUUGGGGUGACAAAAUGGGUCCCAAGCAGAUUUGUCUGCUGUUUCCAUGGUGACCCCACUGUUAUGGGCGUAUGUGUGCAGCUUCUUUUUCCUCUCCCUCUCUACCUCUCCACUCACCUGUGUUUCGUAUCAGUGAAUAUAAUCCCUGCGCUGUGAGUGGAGAGGGAGAAAGCAUCAUCGUGGGGAGGGAAGUUCAAAAGGAGGACAGAGAAUGGAGAGAGGGAUGAGAGAGAAUGGGCAGCCAGCUGAGGGACCUUUUUGUUUUUCCGUCCUCCCAUCAUAGAUGAUUUUUCCAGUUUUAUUUGAUUGGAGGUUACCAGCAGUCCUGUUUUCUGGUUUUAUUUAUUGCCUCUAUUUUUCUUUUGUGGACGCGCUGGGUCCUAAGGCCCAUUGCUGGGCUGGCCCAGAUGCUACCUGCUUUUUGUUUCGACAUUUUGUUUCAUAAAUUGAAACUAUUAUCACCACAACGUUAUUAUGAUAACGUUGUGGAGUCCUGUAUGUUUGGUCUCCUACUGAGCCUCAUCCUUAAAAAGGAGGCCGUAACACCCACCCCCAUGCUCACUUAGUACCCUUUCCAGGCUACCUGGGUACUAAACAAAAACUCUUGAGUAUUGCAUAUUGGGAAUUGUCCCCGUCCUCCUCUACGAUGCUGUUGUAUACACAUUAACGCUCUCUAAGUCAGGUCUGAUAGUUUUGCUUGACAGAGCCUGUUUUCACUUGAAAGAUGCAGCACAAGACCGUGGCAUCGUUUCUGUUCAAAGACCAAACAGAGGCUGAAAAAUGACAUUUUACAUUUCUGCGUUUUCUUCCAGGUGAUUCAGACAUGAUAUAGUCAGUGUCACCAAAGCUGUGUGUUUUCGUGUUCUGAGGGCGGAGCUUCGACGGCAGACCUCUGAGUGAAGGGUGCGGUGUAACACUCCCAUCGACUGCAGUGUAGCCUGCUAUUAUAACCUUUUCCAGGCUCCGACUACACCAGAUUCUGCUUGUUUUUUCCCCCAGACGUCUUUAUUUAUUGAUGGCUAUCCAGACGUGAGGAGGAUUUCAACAACAAAGGUUUUCAGAAACAAAUUAUGGACUCAAGCUUUAUGAUUGAUCUCCACUGCUGUCAGUGUCAGUUCUCAUCACAUUUCUUGGCCAAGUCUUGUAGAAGUUGAGGGCUUGUCUGUGUGAGUCACAUAUUAUCACAGUCAUGGAGGAGGAAGAAGUAAACACUCCAGACUGCCACAAAUCAAAUGUUUGGCAAGACUUUUUUCCCCCAACACAGAGGGACAAUUGCUUCAUAAUCGUGUUGAAUCAAAUUAUGUUGAUUUCCUUUGCACUGCAAUAAAAGGGCUGAUAUGCACUGUAUCAUA